CAACCGGACAUUUCUCAAUCAAAUCCGACAUUUUUAGUUACGGUGUCAUACUUUUGGAGAUUAUCAGCGGAUUGAGGAAUCUUUCCCUAGGCACAAAUGCACAAGAGAAGAGCCUCUUAAGCUAUGUACUAAAACCUUGGAUAGAGAUAUUCUGGGUUUUGACGAGAAUUGGAGACCUGUGUGCACGCAGCCUCCGCAGCCUAAAGCCCAGUACGACAUAAUAUCAACGUACUCCACGCGAUCCUCUUCCUGUCGCUCAGCUGCUACCGUUGCUAAGAACCGUGUAAGUGCCGGUUCCAAGACCAAAUCCUCUUCUGCUUCUGUUUCGAAAGUUCCACAACCAUCCACAAUGCAAUCCAAUCCUACCGCCCGUGGUGGAAAGAGCCGAAAAAGAUCUUCACUUACUAGCGGGCGUUCUGACCCGAAUAAGAAGUCCAAGGCCGCUGGCGGCGAUGAUAUUUCGGUUGCUGUGGAAACUCAAGAAUUCCCCGCUGACGACGCUCUUAAGAAGACGGUGGAUUCGACUGUUGUGGUUCAUCAGUCUCCGCAGCCGUCUAUUGAGAUUUUGGACUUAGAAGGUGGUGGCGGCGUACAUGAGCCUUCACUUCAGCAUUGUGCUACGUCGGCUGCUGUGACAGGGGGUAAUUCUAGUAUGCCCCCUGUGAGUCGUAGUGAGAAUAGGUCCGGUGAUUCUCGGUUGAAUUACCAUAUGCCGUUGCGUACCGGCGGUUGGAUUGAGGAUACCCCUUUCAAGAUUCCGCCGGCAAUGAAGACGUGGUUCGGGUUGGCUGGAGGUGAGCCUACCGAUCAGUUCUAUCCCAACAUUGACCUGUUAUGUGGGGAGUCGGUGGCGACUGAUUCUGCUAAAAACGGUGGUGACUUAGGCUACCAUGCUUUUCGGGAUCUAAUAACUCCUGCUGAUUGGCCACAGGGUCAGAUUGACGCCCCUGCUGCUCAGCAUUUCAAUGAUUUGUACAAGGCUGUUCAAUCCAGCAUGGAUUUGUACUAUGUCUAUCGUUGGAACCAGCUGCAGCUGACUCAGAACAACAUUGACAUUGCCGACUUGAAAAAGCGGGUUGAGGCGGCGGAGUCUGCUUUGAAAGAUAGUGCGAAGAAGUUGGAGACUGCUUCUUCAGAUUUGGAGGCGGCAAAAAAGAGGCUGGAAGAUAUCGAGCCGAAGCUGAAGUCUGAGACUGAGAGAGCAGACGGCCUGAAUCAGCAGCUUACCGAUUUUAAUAGCGGUUUGCCUGAAGUGAAGAAGACUGCCGCCAAGAGGGUUGUUGAUAAGCUUCUUCAGUCUGAUUGGUUUAACGAUCUUCUUACUCUGCGCCAUAAUGGUGGUUGGUGCGCUGCUCAUCGGGUCGUCUGCAACUUGAAGAAGCUGGACGAAAAUGCCUGGCAGGAGUACGAAGAUGCUUAUGAGGAGCAGGAAUUGUACAAGACUACUACCGGCUUUGAGCCGCAGGAGCUGCCAGAGGCUGUGAUUCGUAAUGCUAAUCAGAGAACCUUGCGGCCUUUGCAAGUUCCAAAAGAAGCCUACUGGUCUGGUGAUGAACAUGCCGUUUGACGGUCUUGGCAGUCAUCACCUUCCUCCUCUUGCGAAUCUUCUUCUUUUCCCAGCCGGCCUCAUACUUGUUAGGUUUUUUAUUUUGGGCGGCUGACUUUUGAUUUUUUGGGAAAUGCUGUUAGGGCACUUAAUGUUGACGUAAUUUAUCUUAGAACAUCGUAUUAUUGUGGUGGUGUCGGUUUUUUCGUGUUUUCUUAUGUAAUCGUAAUUAUGA